UAAAGUGCCGAGCAAAUGGACCUCUUGAGGCGCUUGCUGUGACCACCCCAGAGAAGGAGGUGCGGAUAACCCCUGGGAACCUCUUGGAUACCGAGCUCUUCCCUGAUGGAACAGAGCGCAGGCGACCAGGAAUCCCAGCCGGAGAGUCAGGCGGAGAGCAAGAGCCAGCUGAAAUCCCUGCCGGGGGGAACCGCACACGUUAAGCUCGAGAUAAAGAAACACGCCGUUACGGACGACUACAAGCUCUCCAAGCGGGUGCUGGGGCUGGGAAUCAACGGGAAGGUGUUGGAGUGCUUCAACAAGGAGACUGGGCAGAAAUGUGCUUUGAAGCUCCUGUAUGACAACCCCAAAGCCCGUCAGGAGGUGGAGUAUCACUGGCGGGCGUCGGGCUGCCCCCACAUCGUGCACGUCCUGGACGUCUAUGAGAACGUCCAUCAYGGGAAGCGGUGCCUCCUCAUCGUCAUGGAAUGCAUGGAGGGAGGAGAGCUGUUCAGCAGAAUCCAGGAGAGGGGAGACCAAGCCUUCACAGAGAGAGAGGCCUCUGAAAUCAUGAGAGACAUCGGAACAGCCAUCCAGUACCUUCAUUCAAUGAACAUUGCCCAUAGAGAUGUCAAGCCUGAAAACUUGCUUUACACGUCUAAGGAGAAGGAUGCCGUACUCAAACUCACAGAUUUCGGCUUUGCCAAAGAAACGACAGUUCAAAACGCACUGCAGACCCCCUGUUACACUCCUUAUUAUGUGGCCCCAGAAGUCCUUGGUCCUGAGAAGUAYGAUAAAUCAUGUGACAUGUGGUCCUUGGGGGUCAUCACAUAUAUCCUCCUGUGUGGGUUCCCUCCGUUCUACUCRAACACUGGACAAGCCAUUUCUCCAGGAAUGAAGAGAAGAAUUCGGAUGGGGCAAUAUGGGUUUCCCAAUCCAGAAUGGGCUGAAGUAUCAGAGGAAGCCAAGCAGCUGAUUCGCCAUUUACUGAAGACUGACCCAACCGAGAGGAUGACAGUCUCUCAGUUUAUGAAUCACCCUUGGAUUAACAGAUCCAUGGCAGUGCCACCAACUCCUCUUCAUACUGCUCGGGUGCUGCAAGAAGAUAAGGACCAUUGGGAUGAAGUUAAGGAGGAGAUGACCAGCGCGUUGGCUACCAUGAGGGUGGACUAUGAUCAGGUGAAAAUUAAAGACUUGAAAACCUCCAACAACCGCCUGCUGAACAAGCGCCGGAAGAAGCAGAAACAGGCGGGCGCCUCUUCUGCAGCCCCCGGCUGCAAUAACCAGUGAGAAGAGAGGCCGAGGACCUGUGGGUGGCGGGUAAAACCUAAAAGGAGCAAUUUAAAACAAGUAUGAUCACUUCAGGCCCUGCAAUGAAGGCUGUGGCACYGAGACAGUGAAGAAACUAUCGUGCAAAAAGAGAGCAGCGUGAAAGAUGACGUUUUUAUGACUUGAAUCAGGGCUUUGCUUUAAGAGGCUAAUUUGUAUGACGUGAUUGUGCUGCAUACUGCUAGGGAAGGCACAGCAAUACCAGGAAUGUUUAUGGUUUGGUUGUAUCUGUAUUGGAGGAGCAGAAAUACAGGAGGCAGUCCCAGCUUAUGAACGUAUGAGGCGUUAGCAGCCAUCUAGAAGAGCGACUUCUGCAGCCUUUCAAAGCUUGGAAGUAGAGAAAGUGCCAGGUGUUCUGCUGGGAGAUGGGCUUAGGAGCUCAGGAAUGAGCGCAGAGUAAGGAGGAAGGAAAUGUCAUUGCUCUUUACCAAAUUAGCGUGGGAGCAGCUCCACUUUGGAUGCAUCUGGUUAGCAUUUUGUGCUAGAAUUGGUAGGAAUAGCCAAUAUUUCCAAACUUAACUUCUGGAGAUACAGAAUAUUACCUAAACGGUGAACAACUGUUAUUGCUGCUGUAGGGGAAAAAAAAAAAUCCAUAUGUUUCCAUAAGAUCUUCAUGUAGUCUUAUGUGAAGAGCUGGUUGAUCAUAGUUUCUCAUUUAAUAACUUGUUCAUCUUCUAAGCUGUAACCAUAACGUUCUACCUGUGCCACUGUCAGAUCUCUCCCUUGUAAUAUUUUUUAAUUUAAACAUUACUUUAUAUAAAGAGCUUUAAUUGGGAUUUACUUAGUCAAAAAUUCCCUCCGGAGACUAUUGCUGUGCUUCUCUGGGAGUCACAAACUGUCGGGCAUGCAACUGGACAUGCAAUUGGGCAGAGACUGUUCUUAAAGGGAAGAAAUGACUGUGAAAUGUAUCCUGUGAACAGACAGUGUCCUUGCUGGUAGUGACCUCCAAGUCCCAGGCCUGAAGUUUGCUGCUCAAAGCAAAGUUGAAGGGCUCAAGUGUCUGUUGCUUGGGGUUACUAUUUUAUUUGCAGUGUUCUGACAGUGUUUCUGGAUCCAAAGAAUUCUGCCAUCUGAUGGGAAGUUGCCUAUAAGGAUAUCCAUUUUUUUUUCUCUUCUAAUUUAAAUACCUGUUUUAUGGUAUUCUGGCCAUGAUUUGCUACCGUGUUCUACUCUGUGAUCAAAGUAUUUUCUCUUGCUGUGUAUUUUGUUUUGUUUCUUAACUGAGGUGAAGCAAAUACCUGUGAAAGCAUUAUGAGAGACUGGGAUGAAAUUCGAGUGCUUCUAGCCAUGCAGUUACAACUUUUGUGGUAGGCACACUGAGGACAGAUGGGUUGAUAGUUUCAGAAAAAGGACAUAAAGGAAAACAAGGCUCCAGAAAGGAUGCAGUUCUUCUAAUUUGCAGACUCUUAUAGCCACAUGGAGCUUGUUACAUCCACCAAAGAUCUGUUUGAAGCUUUGGACCUUGAAGUUUGGUCCCAUCUUUGGACCUUGUCUGGUCCCAUCUUCAAAGUCCUAGGGCUUUGUAAGCUGGUUUUAAUAAAUCAUGGUCCAUCUUUCCUUCCUCCUGCUGUCCCUGAUGAGGUUGAGAUGUUGAACAGUUUUGCUUUGCAAGGUACUUUUCUGCUUAAAGUAAUGGGGAAGAGGAGAAAGGAAGUUGUUAAUCAUGCUCACACUCRAAGUCUGUCCAACUUGGACUUUUUUUCAAAGUUCUCAAGAGUUUACUUAGCACUCAAUCUCUGCCAAGAUAUAUAUAUUUUUUUGAGUAUUUUGUGUUUAUCUAGAUAUAUCUGUUAUUGCAGUGCCUGGUAUAUAUUGAUCUAUUUUUUAUACUGUUACUUCUCUAAGCUAUGCAAAUAUUACUCACCAGCUGUAAAUGAUAAUACCACGGAGAGC